UAUAGUUGUGCUUUGGAAUGGAGGGGAAAGGUGUUAAUUAAUGAUUAUGGUAUAUUUAGUAAUGAGGUGGCCCAGGUUGAUCUCCUAGCUAGAUAAACUUGGGUUGUUUAUCUAGGGCUAUAGUUGUAUUUUCGCGUAAAAAGUAAGGGGUGUGAAUGUCAAUUCAUUUGUUUACAGAAUUUUGCUUUCUCAUUGUCGUUAAGUCUCAAUCUUAACUAUGGUUGGUUGGUACGGUGUUACUUUUGCAACCAAACAACCAGCGAAGGCGCGUCAGCCGUAGUGAAGGAGGUGGGAUGCUCUUCUCCUCUCAUCCCCUCAUGGCCACAACAACCACCAAUAUAUAUUGCUGCUUCGCUGCGAUACCGGCCGGCCAAACAAAAGACACCCUAGUAGCAAAAUAUGUAAAGUAGGGUCAUAUUAACCCUUUAGGGGAAGGUAUGACAAAGAGGGUGGUGGUUUAUCGCCAUUGUUGUGGUCGCCUCUAGUGGUUGUGCGGUGGUGGUUAAACGCCAUUAUCGUGGUCGCCUCUAAUGAAUACGGUAGGAGCACUUGAUAGUCUGGUAGCAACGGUGGGUCGGUGGGCUGGGUCGAUUUGGUAGGAGAGGGAAUGAAGUGUAGUACUAUUUUUGGGGUUGAAUAUGAUGAAUUCAAGAUUUAGAGCAACAAAAAAUGAAAAAGCUCUAGAAAAGUACUCUGGAGUUGAAGAAAGCAUCGAAAAAGAGACAGUACCUUAACUCAAGUUGAGCAACUUGGGUUAACUCCUAACAACCGCUUGCAAAAUCGUUUGAUGCUCCGUCAAAGAACUUUGCACGUGCUUUUUCAGAAAAAGUUGCAUACCUCAUCUUUUACCAAUUGUUUAUGUUAUUUUUCGCUUCCCAAUGUCAUUUUAUUACAAGAAUGCCAUUUGAUAAACAUCAUUUUGUUUAUCGAGGGGAUCAGCUUGUAUUUACUCUUUAGUAACUUGUCAUCUAUUACUAUAUUAGUCAAUUACCACAACUCCAUAAGAUAUUCAUAGCCAUAUCAAGAAAUAUGUAGUGAGGAGAGAGAAGAGAUAUCAAGGGUUAAUGAAUUUACCAAUUCAGAACUUCCUCAAAAGAAUCUCCCAAUUUUGGUGAGCAAAUUAAAAUCAAAAUCCCCUAAUUUGAAUUCUCAAUCCUCAAAUUCAAGUGUGAAGAAGAGGUGGACAAAAGAGGAGAGUCAUCAACUUUGGGGAUGGAGAAAGGAGGAGGAGCCCCAGACUAUUUGGCUCAAUCUCUGCUUCAUCACAGAAGGGAAACAACAUCAAAGCAUCAAGGGAAACAACAUCAAAGCAUCAUCUCCGUUUACCACCAUCAUGUGAUUCUGAUCGUGAUCAAGACGACGACAAGAAAAUUGACUCAUAUUCACGCUCUUGUGCUAAGCUUGAACUCAAACAGUCUCUAAAAAUUCCACGUCCACUCAACAGCCAUGAGCAGGGUGAAAGAGCUCCAAAUCAUUGCGAUGAUCAUUCAAAACAUGAUGAGUCUUGGUUACCAGAUAAAAGUAGCCUUGAGCUUGUCCUUGACACAUUGCAAAGGAAAGAUACAUAUGAUAUAUUUGCAGAGCCGGUGGAUCCUAGUGAGGUCGAAGAGUACUAUGAAAUUAUCAAAGAACCAAUGGAUUUUGGCACAAUGAGAGCUAAACUUCAUGAAGGCAUGUACAAGAAUAUUCAGCAGUUUGAGCAUGAUGUAUAUUUGAUAUUUGGGAAUGCUAUGCAUUUUAAUUCAUCAUCUACUGUGUAUUUCAGACAGGCACGUGCUUUGGAGGAUUUAGCAAAAAAUAUUUUUUUUGUCCUGAAAAAGGAUCCUAAAAAUUUCAAAAUGGACUUCACUGCAAUAAGGCGAAGAUCAAGUAGAAAGUUUGGUGGUGAACAUAGUGGUUUGACUUUUGGCUCAUCCGGGAAACUAGCAAGGGACUUGGGAUCCAAUAGCAUGCAUACUGAUCUUGGUCGUAAAGGUUUUGGAAAAGAAAGAAAAACUUCCUUUUCUGGAAUUGAUCGGCGUUCUACAUACAAACCUUGGAUUUGCUUGUUUGAUGAAACAAGUUCAGCUGUUUCACCCCUAUUUUGUGGCACAAAACCACUCAUACCUGAAAAUCUGGAGGAGUCUGGAUACAAAGAAAGCUUUAUGUCAUUUGCUAGAAAUUUGGGACCUACUGCUCAUAGAGUUGCAAAAAAUAAAUUGCAAGGACUAUGGAUGCAAUCCUCCUCCAGUAGUAGGUCUCAAAUGAAUGGUUGGGACAGUUAUUCUGCCCACAAUUCUCAAGCCCCUGCUGGCUCAUCUCUUGUUCAAAAAGAACCUGCUAACUCUUUGUUAUGUGGUACCAUACCCAGCACAAGUCUUGCUGCAUCUCACCGUGUGAUUGGCAUUGAAACAGCCAAUGACAUAAGGAAAACAAGUGAUGUUAGCACAAGUGGAGAGAAAUCGGCCAAAAGUUUUGUAGAUAUUAAAUCUAUCAUCCCAUGUAUGAGCCUGGGAACAAGCGAUUGUGUCUUAAGGGAUCAAGCUCAAGGUAAUAUGAAAAACAAUAAAAGUAUUUCUGCCAUUGCUAGCGGAGAUAAACUUAAAAACCAAAUCUCCGUAAAUCACUAUGGUGAAUUGGAUGUCAUAACCCACACUAGUGAAAAUACUGAAUUUGCAAGACCAAGAGUGCUGCUGAAAGAUGGUGGCACGCUAAGCUGCCAUCUGAAUACAAUGCUUCCAGCUGUGAAAGAGACAAUUUUGGAACAAUUUCAGGCUGGCAACAACUUUGACUUGAAUCAGGUUCAGGCUAUCCCAAGUCCAAGCUAUCUUGUUGGGCGUUCGUAUGAAGAUGACAAUUUAGAGACUCGUGAGGUGAAAUCUUGUUCUGGAUUAUUUGAAGCAACCAAGUUCAACCAUCUUUCCUCUACAGGUCACGCCAAAGCAGCAAUAUAUGAGGACGUGACUAAUAUGCAUCCAUCAUCAAUCCCCAGCCAAUUUAACUUUAAUCUUCCUUAUUCAAAGUCAAGUAUGGGAAAAUUGGGUGAAGUUUUUGAAAACAGCUCUACCACAAAUGGACAGCAAUCAGCAUUUCAGCUGCCUCCGGAGCUGAAUAGUAUCAGCCCCUCACCAAAUGUAUCUAAAAUCAGCUUUGGGAAGGCGUCUGGCGGAUACACCAACCACAAUCAUGGAUUCUAUCAUGAAAACCAUCAUAUGACAUCACCCUAUACUAUAUAGACUCAGUUACCUAAAGUUUAUACUUAAGGUGAUUGCAUAUUGCCAUCUUACCACUAAUAAUCCUCUCAUAAUGAUACCCACUGCAACAACCCUUUUUUGCUCUUUCUUUCUGUCUUUUUCCCCCCUUUGGUGGCAGCCUUGAGGCCAUUUUAUUGUUGAUUGAAAGAGUUGAGUAAAUUAUAAAGUGUUGGAAUGAAUGACGAAAAAGGAUCGAUCAAUGAUCACAUUGUUGUGAUUGAAAAAGGAUAUAUUUAUUAUCAUUUUUGUUAAGUAGUAAAGUGUUAGGACAACCAAAAAUGAAAAGUGGCCAAAUAAAUUUGGAUGGAGGAAAUAUAUUAUUCAUCGAUAAAACUUUUGUUGUACCCUUAAGCACUACUCGUACUUGCAUGUUACUUAUAACUUGAGCCAACUAGUUAAUCAAUUAAAAACAGUUUCUAAGCUUGACAAAGUUAAUCUAAGCUUACAACUAUUCAACUUGUAUAGACAUAAGCACAACUCAAGUUUGAUGAGUUGAUUAAUUAUUGUAUACUCCAUGCUAAAGGUUAGUAUGAGUAAAAAUUAUCUAUAUGCAUGUAGUAGAGCUAUAGGACCAACUCCAGUAUUCCACAUGUAAUUUAGCCACAUUUAGAUUCAAAGAUAUCACUGAAGAGAAUAUUACUAUGAUUUUGGAAAUGGCUAAAAUGUAAUGCAAUAUGCAAGUAACAUUAUAUACACCUUGCUUUGAUAGGGAAAAAGUAUCUUAUGUUGAAUAAGU